UUCUAUCACCCAAUAUGGACUCCGAGUACUCCUUCUCGUUGACUACCUUCUCCCCCUCCGGUAAGUUGGGUCAGAUCGAGUAUGCUCUCAAUGCGGUAUCGAUGGGGAAACCCGCCUUGGGGAUUAAGGCUAAGAAUGGCGUAGUGCUGGCCACCGAGAAGAAGUUCCAAACUAUUCUGGCCGAGGAGGAUUCCAUCCGCAAGGUGGACAACUUCACCAACAGGAUAGGAUGCGUGUUCGCUGGUAUGCCUCCGGACUUCCGAGUCAUACUGUCUCGUGGCCGAAAGCAGGCCCAACAGUACUGGUGUACCUACGAGGACGAGAUCCCCGUUCGACAGCUCACAAGAGAGGUUGCGAAUGUCAUGCAAGAGUUCACCCAAUCAGGUGGCGUGCGUCCUUUCGGCAUAUCCCUCAUGAUUGCUGGCUGGGAUGAGACGGAGGGUCCUCAGCUAUACCAGGUCGACCCUAGUGGAGCCUUCUUCGGAUGGAAGGCUUCUGCUAUUGGCAAGAACUAUGCCAACGCGAAGUCUUUCCUUGAGAAGAGAUACUCUGAAGACAUCGAGUUGGAGGAUGCUAUUCAUACGGCUAUUCUCACUUUGAAGGAGGGAUUCGAAGGUGCUAUUAAUGAGCAUAAUAUCGAGAUCGGCAUUGUCUCUUCUGAGGAGAAAAGAUUCCGAGUGCUAACACCUGCGGAGAUCAAGGAUUAUUUGAGUGAGGUUGAGUAAUGUUAAUCCUAAGACACUUUGUGACUCUUGCGCGAUUAUGAUGAUGACGUGCGUCAUU